GUUACACCUACACCAGGCCAAAAUCAUCCUUCAAAGUCUGAACCUCAGUUUCCAAAAGAAAAGUUGAACCUUUGAACACAGAUCAGAUGGCCACAAUGUCACGCCCAAUGGCUUCUCGGAGCAACAGAGAGGGAAGAGGACAUGCCUUCCCAGUGGACUCUCCAAGCUUCUACUUGAAGAUUGUUACUGCUGUGGAUCUCCAAGAUGGGAAGGAACUUCCAGAGCCAGCUGUGACGAAGUAUGGGAAUUGUAUGGCAGACUCCAUAUUCCUCAAGGUUCCCAAUUGCGGAACACCAUGGCCAGUAGAACUAAAAAAAACGAUUCGUGGUAGCCGAAUCUGGUUACAAAAAGGAUGGGAACUAUUCACAGACUUUUACUCCAUAGACCAAGAUUACUUCAUAGUGUUCAGCUAUGAAGGCGAACAUUCUUAUUUCCAAGUACACAUUUUCAACUGCAACAAUAUGGAAAUAGGUUAUUCAAUUCGUGGAGGAGCUGGUGGAUGCAUGUCUACACCCAAUUCAAAAGGUACCUCCUUUCCCUCUGCAUCAUCUGCUGGCAGAGACCAAAACAAUGACAACAAACGUGACUUUUAUGGAGCUAACAAUUUCAAAUUCGGGGACAAGCCUAGUUUUCGGGUCAUAAUGACUGAAAAAUACUUAUCAUCUUUCUUGAAAGUACCUUCGUACUUCACCAUCGAACAUCUGUGUGAAAUAGGGUCUCAUUCUACUGUGACCUUACAGACUUCAGGUGAAAGAACUUGGACUGUUCAGUGUGCUGUCAGCAAAUGUGGGAAAAAUGCAAGAUUCAAUCGUGCUAGUUGGAGAGGAUUUGUGAAGGGCAAUCAAUUGGAAGCACGUGAUGAUUGUCUGUUUGAGUUGAUAGGCGUUCGUAUGCUCAAAGUCAACAUAUCCCGAGCUAAAUGAAGGCGAUUGAUACCUGACCUCUGUACCAAAACUACAUUGGUAGCCUAUGACUAGUUGAUGUUAAGUUAAUGUUGUUUCCAAACCUUAUGCAAAGAUGACCUCUCUUAAGACUACUAUCUAUUUGCUAGUGUUGGAUUGAUGUUGUUG